CCCGAAUUCAUUGCUAUUCCACAUACAUUUCGUCAUGGAGUCUGUUUCAGUUCACCCGAUGGAAGAUUACAAAUAUUUAUUCAAAGUGGUGUUAGUUGGAAAUGCCGGUGUUGGAAAAACAUGUCUUGUCCGGAAAUUUACUCAGGGUAUAUUUCCACCUGGCCAGAGUGCAACUAUCGGUGUGGAUUUUAUGAUAAAAACAGUCAAAAUAGACAAUGAUAAAAUCAAAUUGCAAAUUUGGGAUACUGCUGGCCAGGAACGUUUCCGAUCUAUAACGCAGAGCUAUUAUCGCAGUGCACACGCUAUUGUCCUAGUGUACGAUGUCGCUUGUCAACCAUCAUUUGAUUGUCUGCCGGAGUGGUUAGCAGAAAUUGAAUCAUACGCUAAUAGAAAAGUUUUAAAAAUUUUAGUAGGUAAUAAAGUAGACAAGGGUGAUGAACGUGAAGUGCCGGAACGUAUUGGCCAAGAUUUUUCUGAAAUGAAUGGUUUCGAUUACUUCCUGGAGACUUCCGCUCUGGAUGCUACGAAUGUUGAUAAUUUAUUCGAACACGUUGCUCGACGGCUAACUGAUGAUAUGAAGGCGACUGAUCAAAGAUACAGUCAUUACAAAUCAGACAUCAAUGGUGGUAAUCAGCCUAUAAAUCUUGUGGAGAGAGCUCAAAAUACGAUCAAUGCAUGUUGUGGAAGGACAUGAAAGUCACAUCUUUCUAGCGUUUCACUUUUUUUGCCUUUACCCGUACCUUUCUUUCACAUCAUCUUACUUAUUCCUAUUUCGUUAAUAUCUGUGACGAGCUGAAAUCUCAUGCAAUAUAAUAAUCGAACGUUUCUUUGUUUCUCAUUCUUGUUUUCGAUACGAAUUUCAUUCUUAAGAGUUUCGGGGUGAAUGUAAUUGCAUUAUGUUUAUCCUUGAUGCCGGUAUCAUCUGUGAUAUAACCCUAGUAAAACAUAGUAAAUGAAUUUAUGACCCUCUCUAGUGAUUCAAGCAGUGCAUCAAAUACUCUGCUACCCUCUCGUCUCUGGUGAAUUUGCGCCUUUUUCACACAGUAUUAUAAAUGUAUUUCUACGCUUUCUAGCUUCGACAGCUCAUUUGACACAUUUUCAUAUUGUUGUUUUGUUUACUUCUUUGUUCAUACUAACCCUCUAAAUGCCAAAUAUAAAUUGUAAUUUACGUUCGCAUCUUCUUAAUAAUCAUGAGGUUUGUACUUACACCAACU